AAAUGGCAGCGUCUCCACGGGGUUGCGCGAUGUGUUCAUAUUUAGGUUUCUUCGCUUAUUCUCGAUCGACUCGAUUCCCAAACAGCUACGUUUUGCCCCCCGAUUGAAUCGAAUGGCGACUCCUGGAGGAAAUAAGAUCCGAAAUGCUAAAUUGGUUCUUCUUGGAGACGUAGGGACUGGAAAAUCUAGCCUGGUUUUACGUUUUGUGAAAGGACAGUUUGUUGAAUUCCAGGAAUCAACAAUAGGUGCUGCAUUCUUCUCACAGACACUGGCAGUCAAUGAUGAGACAGUGAAAUUUGAGAUUUGGGACACUGCAGGGCAGGAGAGAUAUCACAGUCUUGCUCCUAUGUACUACAGAGGGGCAGCCGCUGCUGUGAUAGUAUAUGACAUGACAAAUGUGGCUACAUUUGCUCGAGCAAAGAAAUGGGUUCAAGAACUUCAAGCCCAAGGUAGCGCAAACACUAUAAUGGCACUUGCUGGUAACAAAGCUGACCUGUUGGAAUCUGGACAGGUUUCUGCUGAGGAAGCCCAGAGCUAUGCUCAGGAGAAUGGUCUUUUUUUCAUGGAAACUUCUGCUAAAACAGCAGUCAAUGUCAACGAUAUAUUCUAUGAAAUUGCCAAAAGGCUAAUCAGAGUGCAACCGGAGGCGAACAAUCAAGGCAUGUCCAUUGCUGAUAAACCUGACCAGAGAAUAAUGAACACUACUACUUGCUGCUCUUAAAAGCAUUAGUUGUGUGCCAAAUUACACGAUCGAUAUGAGAGCUUAUAUGUUUCUUGUGUUCAGUUUUCUGCCAUGUUCUGUGUUCAUCUUCUACCGGUAUAUUGCAUAAAUCUUGUGUUUUUUUAUAUGUAAAUAUGAAUAUUGGUUGACCCCCAUUACCUGAGACUUCCAUUCUUUUUA